AGCGACCUAAGGUAGUUCUCAACCAACCCAGCAUAUGGAUGUAAUAUAUAAUCGUGUCUGUGGUCGACCGUGUUUCGUCAUCUACAUCUUCGACCACUACACAUACUUCGACGACGAGAAUAGAGUGUUAGGUGGGUUCAAAAGUAAUUCUAGUAUGUAAGUUUCACACAACGGUAAUGAGCGAAAUUAAACGUGACAGAAAGUGGCAGCAAAGUGUAGGUGAGCCAAGAAAAGCGACCUUAUGAGGACUUCUAUUUCGGAAUAGAAAUAGUACUAGUACAGUAGAUCUAGAGAAAUUCUUCGAAAGUCGGCUUGAGUUUAAGAAGUAACCUUGCAUGAGAAUAAAGAUAAACAACUUGUUGACCAAGAAGAUGCCAGCGCCAAAAGCGACGACAAACUCUGCGGCACCUCCGCCCGGAGUGAAAAAGCCCGCAGCAGAUGCCAAGGAGAAAAGCGUGGCAAAACAAGCUGGAAAUAAAUCAAAGCAGUCCACUCUCCCUGCAGCCACGACUGGCACGACAGCAGCGGCGUCUUCUUCAUCGAAGAACGUUAAGAAGAACAAGAAAAACGAUAAGAAAAACACGACAAGCAACAAGAAGCCCGUCCUCGGCGAGGACGAUGCGGCCGCAUUUUUGACGACGGAACGCGAGCGCCAGGAACUACUACUUCGCGGACAGUCCAAGAAGUCGGAUAAUAAAAAUCUCGGCUCCGCCCGCGACUCAAUUUAUCUCCGCUCCGCCCUGCCAGAGGGUUUUUUGACCAAAUAUCUCGACUCCGAGAACGAAAGGCGAAUAAAGAACCCGCAGGAGCCACCACUGUGUCCGAAAACAGCGCGUAUCCGGAUCGGGUCAGCGAUGUUUGAUGCAGCUGCCCAGACCUGCAGAAAAGGCACGGGAGAUAGUUGCGGCACGUCAACUAUUGCCGGAGUCGACUUUCCUGUGUCGUUUUUCGGGACCUACAAACUGUCUCCGGAACAGCUGGCGCCGCUAGUGACCAGCGACGUCGAGCCGGCGAAGAAGAAGACGAACGCGGUUGCGUCUUCGUCUAUCCUGUGCAACAGUUGUAUCGCUCGCGUAUAAGUGCCGAUCUUGCAUGAUAGAUCUACUCCUUUACUUGUAACUGCAUGACAAAUUCGAUUUUCUCUCUUGGAAGAUAAAACUUCAACUUGUAUUAAAUACAUCAAUGUCAAUCUGUAUUGCAUACCGAUACGAAAUUCUUUUGCGAUGCAUAUCGUCAAGUGGAGGCAUUUUUCAGGGUGUGGACACCGCUGUCAUCUACGGCAACGAGAAGGCGCUGAAGGCUGUCGGCGCAGUAUCCCGUGUAAAAACGCGUCCAUCUUCGCAGAGUUGUGAUGCAAGGUCGAAUGUGGAGAAAUGAAAUGAAACGAAAACUAAAGCUUCUGCUUCUCAUGCGGAAUCCCAUGAGAAGUGAUGUUUUGAAAUUUGUGAUGGUCUGCUCUAGCUAAAAAAACCUAUAAUUACUUGCAAAACAACACUGCGAGCCCAAUCUUGUCGCGCACAGCAAUCAACCAAAGCUUGUUGACUUGUCUAGCAGUGAUUUAUUUUCAUCGUGUUGACUCAUCUGGGGUGGGGACGUUUUUGCACGGAAUAGGCAGCGGCAUCCGCAAAAGCUAUGCAGGACGUGGAAGAGGGGAGGAGCAAGGGACGGGAGCAAGAGGGAUUCAAGGUACUUACCCGUCUUACAUGUGUUACGAAGAAAACCUAGGAAAUGAAAACUUCUGGCAUGGGUCAGUGGAAUUGGAAUCGCAACUCAUCUAUGGUAGAUCUUCAUCUUCUGCAAUGUUGAUGUGUGUGGCGCGAAUCAUGAUUUUGCUUUUCACAUAAAGAACAUCUUCCCACGACUCACAAAGGUCGCGCCGUACAAUCGCGCCGAGACUGACGCUUCAAAGAGGGAGCACACCGUGAAGGUCUACCGGAAGCCAAUGGAGCAUCUCUUCCUGCAGACAAAACAGUGGCAGAGCAAGCACGGCUACAAGGGCACCAUGGACAGCUUCGUACGCAUUGCAAAAGUAUGCUACUCAUGGCCCGCGUGCUUAUCGUAUCAAUAAAUUGCAGGCUCCUGACAAGAUAAUUCGAGUUGCUUUACGUGAAUCCGCAGCAUGAAAUAAACUCAAACAAUAAAGGUGCAUGCUACUUGUGCUAUUUCUAGUGUAGUACAAAGAGGACAAACGCGAUGCAAUACUUUUGCCCAGUGCAUAUUUGAACGAAAGCUGCAAGAGUCUGGGGCUUUUGGAGAAGGCGGGCAAAGGGCAGUGGGUGCAGCGCGCCCCCCUCGGCUGCUACCUGAUCCACCAUCCGGGUUGCAAGUCCGGCUGGCCUUUGAAGCGCGGCGAAACUCUGCCCAAAGAUUGGCAGGGGACGCUCACACGGCGGGAAACGUGGCGGGCCAUGGAAGACCUGUGGAUCGACGGCCGCGUGGAGGUAAUAUAAUUGAUUAGUCAGCCUAUGAACUUGAAACAAUAACAAAGUAGAAUGCAUAAAGUAGCUAUCAUCGCAUUUGCUGUCCCUGGGUGCGGGUGUUACAUAGUUUUUCUUUCUCGCACGCUUGGAGAUGGCUUUGAUCGCGAAGAUGAUGUACUUAUUCGACCUUUAUUGUAGGAGACGCACGGGGCAUCUUUUUCUUUCUGGUGUCACUUGAGUUCUUAGCGCCUUGUGAGCCUGAAUAUGUAGAAAUGUAAAUGAAGAUCCAAAAAAAAAAUAUCAUCAAGGUGAUUGGCGUGUGCAACUUUAGCGAGCGGCAACUGCAGGAGAUUACAGAGGGGGCCCUGAUCCCGCCCAUGGUGAACCAGUUCGAAUGCCACCCCCUGCUCCCCCAGGACAAGCUCCGCGCCUUUUGCCGCGAGCAGGGCAUCCUUGUCCAGGCUUUCGCCUCCCUUGGGGGCAGCGACCGUGUCUCUAAGGAUGCGCAGAACAGCUUGACCCUGCACGCGACGGUUAAGGAAGUCGCAAAGUCCGCCAAGAAAACGCCGGCGCAGGUGCUGUUUCGCUGGGCACUGCAGAAGGACUGCAUGGUGCUGCCCAAGAGCCAGAACCCGGAGCGCAUGCGGGAGAACGCCGACCUGUUCCAGUGGACGCUGACAGCAGCCGAGAUGGCCAAACUCGACAGCAUCGGGAAGAGCGGCACGCAGCGCCUGACCUGGAAGGGAGUCGACCCCGAUACUAUCGCGUAGCUGACGUUAUUUUGAUACGAACUACGACUCAGCAGGCGGUCUCUUCUCGGGAGAAACGAGCACGAUUCGAGAUGGUGCGCAACGUCAAUGACGAUGGACGCAGAUUUUGUAGCUCAAACAAAAAAAAAUUGCAUUGGAAAAACAACGCCGCACAUCAGAGUCGGGUAGUUAAUAUGUAGAAUGCAAGGAGCGUCCUCGCGACAGAAAAUGUAAGUUCCAUCAGACAAUGAAUCAAAAUGAUAAUAAAGAUACAACCACGCAAGAGAAAUAUUAAACUUCUUUUAGAGGUUGAUGAGCGCAGCUGUAAAUUUUCACUUGAUUCGCGAAAUUUUCAGGAGAAUUUCUCCCGUCAUCUCGGGUAGACGAAGCCAUUAUUUCUUUUUGUUCCUGUACAUCGCUUCUCCCGUAAAUAUGAAUUGUACUUGUAGCCGAUUAAAUUUUGGCGGCUGGUUAGACGUCGUGAUAGGUCCAAGACUUUGAUAAAUCGUUUCGCUGCUUUCUUUAUCUUUUCGUCGAUUUCUCUAUUUGGGUCGCGAAAAUGGGGCUUCCGUAUCUCUUCAUCGUAGUACAUGUUGAAGAUUCCAAAACUAAAGAGUUCUUGUCGGG